AUGGGGCAGGAAGUGUUCUCCAUCUUUGCCUUCGGCACCUGUGGUGGCUACUCGGGCAAGUUUGAGCUGAGUGUGGAAUGUAAGAACCGCUCCGAGAGCGACCUGGCCAUCGAAGUGGAGUUCGGAUACCCCUUCAGGCUGCACCAGGUGUACUUUGACGUGCCCACCUGUAAGGGGCCCGGUACUGAGCGCCUCUUCCUAGAGGGCGACUACUCCGGCUCGGCUGAGUUCUUCGUCACCAUCGCCGUCUUCUCCUUCCUCUACUCCAUGGCUGCCAUGGGCGUCUACUUCUUCCUGAUGGAGAAGUACAAGGAGAACAACAAGGGAGCCCAAGUGGACUUCAUCGUGUCGGCCGUGUUCACCUUCUUCUGGCUGGUGUCCUCGUCUGCCUGGGCGCGCGGCCUGUCCAACGUCAAGGUGGCCACCGACCCCGAGGAGGUCAAGGAACUGAUCCCCGCCUGCGACCGCGAGGAGAACCGCUGCCGAGAGGUGGCCGACCCCGUCAUGGGCGGCCUCAGCACAUCUGUGCUGUUUGGUUUCCUGAACCUGGUGCUGUGGGGCGGCAACCUGUGGUUCAUCUUCAAGGAGACCGGCUGGAUGGCGCACUUCGCUGGCACCUACGUCCCCUCGGGGGAGAAGCCCCCCGCCCCCGACUCCUUCGGCCAGCAGCAGGGGUACGAGCAGGAGGGGGGGUACGGCCAGGACCAGUACGCCGGCACCCAGGGGGGGUACCAGCCCGAGUACGGCCAGGAGGGGGGCUACAACCAGGGAGGAUACAACGAGGGCGGAUACAACCAGGAGGGGGCGCCCACCUCAUUCGCCAAUCAGAUGUGAAGACCUGGGAGAGGGGGUUGAUGACGGCUGUCUGGAGUGUGUGGAUUUAUAAUUACAGUAUUUUGGACCUGACAGCGUUCCACAGUACCACACUCCUAUGAUUGUCCAUCUUAUCCGUCUGUUUGUAUGUGAGCUAACCAGUAAGAUACAGAGGGAGAUGGAUUUGGGAAUCUGCGAUUCCUUCUUUUAACCUUUUUUGCCCAUUGUUUUUUUUGUUUUUGUUUUGUUUGUUUGUUUUCUUUAUUUGAAGGGUGUGGCCUAUUGGAAAUGUGAAGAGUUCCUGGUGUGGAUGUGAGUUGAAUUUGACAGUUAGCCGCUGAUGUUGCAGCGUGAGUGAAUCUGAAUGAGUCAGAUGCUAACUGGCACAUAUUGAACCACAGCUAGGCCACAAGCUAGCACUUACAUGGCCUGCCAACGAAAAAUAAAAACUUGAAUACUCCACCAGACCUGGAUAAAACUACUUACAUUAAAUACAGUUAUUUGUAGCUCUAUAUCUUGUAUGAGGAUAACGUCAAUGAAUGACCUGUAGUAAUCCUAUACAUGGGAGAAUGUAUUCGUGCUGUGUAAAU